GGAAGCGGGGGGAGCGGGUGGAGUGUCGGGUGGCGUUGGGGGGAGUUGCGCCUCUCCCAGAGCCUCGCCCGGAGUCUUCCGGGGUGGGGGAUAGUUGAAGACCUCAUCGAGGGAGGGGUUGGGCGGCGGGGAAGGGAGCGAGCGUGGCGGGGGAUCCGAGGCACGCUCUCGAGCCAACGAGCGUGAUGCGCUCGAGUGUAGGCGGGGACUGAGGGAAGAGUGAAAAACGGACUGCCAGGCGACAGUUCCUCCGUUUGAAAUCUCGCCGGCUCCUGAGCGGGCCACCGGGCCCGGGCUGGGGGUCUGGCGGGAGAAAAAACUUUAUUUGGACUGAGAGCUGGAGAACGAGAAUAGGACCUGAGACAAUAUAUUGGGCUAAGGAGGAGAGGUGUUUGAGCCCAGAUGAGUCAUGGCUGGACAACCCCUCCGCAUAGGAGAUCAGCUGGUUCUGGAAGAAGAUUAUGAUGAGACCUACAUUCCUAGUGAGCAAGAACUUCUUGAAUUUGCCCGGGAGAUUGGUAUUGAUCCCAUCAAGGAACCAGAACUGAUGUGGCUGGCGCGCGAGGGCAUCAUGGCCCCACUGCCUGGAGAGUGGAGACCAUGCCAGGACAUCACAGGUGACAUUUACUAUUUCAACUUCACCAACGGGCAGUCUACGUGGGACCAUCCAUGUGAUGAACACUAUCGGAACUUGGUGAUCCAAGAGCGGGCAAAGCUGUCAACUUCUGGGGCCAUUAAGAAGAAGAAAAAAAAAAAGGAAAAGAAAGACAAGAAGGACAGAGAGACCCCCAAGAGUUCCCUGGCCCUGGGUUCCUCAUUAGCCCCAGUUCAUGUUCCUCUUGGGGGCCUGGCUCCUUUACGAGGUCUUGUGGAUACCCCACCCUCUGCCCUUCGUGGAUCUCAAAGCAUGAACCUGGGGAGCUCAGUGGCGUCUGGACGUCAGCUUGGAGAACUCGUGCUGCCUUCACAGGGUCUCAAGACCUCUGCUUAUACAAAGGGUCUCUUGGGCUCCAUAUAUGAGGACAAGACUGCUCUCAGCCUCUUGGCUUUAGGAGAAGAAACCAAUGAGGAGGAUGAGGAAAGUGACAACCAGGAGUCUCUGAGAACAAGCCAGCCAGAGGAGAAGAAGGAUGUUUCUCUGGAUUCAGAUGCUGCUGGUCCCCCUACUCCCUGCAAGCCCUCCAGCCCAGGUGCAGACAGCAGUCUAAGCAGUGCUGAUGGCAAAAGGCAACAGGGAAGUGGGUCAAGACCUGGGCUUCCAGAAAAAGAGGAAAAUGAGAAGAGUGAACCUAAGAUUUUCGGGAAUCUUGUGACCCCCAAGGCAGACCGUAGGGGCAGUGAGCCUGCCAAAGCCCCUGAAAAGGAAGCACCAGAGGACACAGUAGAUGUAGGAGAGGAGGGUUCCUGGCGGGAAGAGGCAGCCAAGGAGCCAAAGAAGAAGGCUUCUGCUCUGAAAGAGGGCAGUUCAGAUGCCAGCCAAGAACUGGAAAUUAGUGAACACAUGAAGGAACCACAGCUCUCAGACUCCAUAGCUUCUGACCCCAAGUCCUUCCAUGGCCUGGACUUUGGUUUUCGCAGCCGGAUCUUGGAGCACCUGCUGGAUGUUGAUGUGCUUUCCCCAGUCCUGGAUGGAGCUUGUCAGCAGGCCCAGCAACCACUGGGAAUAGACGACAAGGAUGACAGCCAGUCCAGCCAAGAUGAGCUGCAGAGCAAGCAGUCCAAAGGCCUGGAGAGUUCUCUUCCCGCUCCUCAAAUGGAGGGGCCUGACUCUGCUGCUCUGCCUGGCCUGACCAGGUUAUCUCCUCCACUUCCACACGAGGAGCGGGCCCAGAGUCCCCCUCGCAGCCUGGCCACCGAAGAAGAGCCCCCCCAGGGCCCCGAGGGGCAGCCCGAGUGGAAGGAGGCAGAGGAGCUUGGGGAGGACUCUGCAGCCAGCCUCAGCCUGCAGCUGUCCCUCCAGAGGGAGCAGGCCCCAAGCCCACCUGCUGCCCACGAGAAGGGCAAGGAGCAGCAUUCCCAGGCCGAGGAGCUGGGCCCUGGUCAGGAAGAGGCAGAGGAGCCUGAGGAGAAGGUGGCGGUCAGCCCCACCCCGCCAGUCUCUCCAGAGGUGCGAUCCACAGAGCCUGUGGCUCCCCCAAAACAGCUCUCAGAGGCUGCACUAAAGGCCAUGGAAGAGGCAGUGGCCCAAGUACCCGAGCAUGACCAGAGGCACCUGCUGGAAUCGAAGCAAGAGAAGAUGCAGCAACUGCAGGAGAAGCUGUGCCAAGAGGAGGAAGAGGAGAUCCUCCGGCUUCACCAGCAGAAAGAGCAAUCUCUCAGCUCCCUGAGGGAGCGGCUGCAGAAAGCCAUUGAGGAGGAGGAGGCCCGGAUGAGAGAGGAGGAAAGCCAGAGGCUAUCCUGGCUCCGAGCUCAGGUCCAGUCCAGCACACAAGCAGAUGAGGACCAAAUCAGGGCUGAGCAAGAGGCUUCCCUGAAGAAACUGAGAGAAGAGUUGGAGUCUCAACAGAAGGCUGAGAGGGCCAGCUUGGAACAGAAAAAUAGGCAAAUGCUGGAGCAGCUCAAGGAAGAGAUAGAGGCUUCGGAGAAGAGCGAGCAGGCUGCCCUGAAUGCUGCAAAGGAGAAGGCUCUGCAGCAGCUGAGGGAGCAGCUGGAAGGGGAGAGGAAAGAAGCUGUGGCAAUGCUGGAGAAGGAGCACAGUGCUGAGCUGGAGCGGCUCUGCUCCUCGUUAGAGGCCAAGCACCGGGAGGUGGUCUCCAGCCUCCAGAAGAAGAUAGAGGAAGCUCAACAGAAAGAGGAGGCCCAGCUGCAGAAGUGCCUUGGGCAAGUGGAGCACAGAGUUCACCAGAAGGCUUAUCACGUGGCUGAGUAUGAGCACGAGCUCAGCAGUCUCCUGCGAGAGAAGCGCCAGGAAGUGGAAGGGGAGCAUGAGAGGAGGUUGGACAAGAUGAAGGAGGAGCACCAGCAAGUGAUGGCUAAGGCCAGAGAGCAGUAUGAAGCUGAGGAGAGGAAGCAGCGGGCUGAGCUUCUGGGGCACCUGACUGGAGAGCUGGAGCGCCUGCAGAGGGCCCAUGAACGAGAACUGGAGACUGUGAGGCAGGAGCAACACAAGCGUCUUGAGGACUUGCGGCGCCGGCACAGGGAGCAGGAAAGGAAGCUCCAGGAUUUAGAGUUGGACCUUGAAACCAGAGCUAAAGAUGUCAAGGCCAGAUUGGCUCUGCUGGAGGUCCAGGAGGAGACCGCCCGGAGGGAGAAGCAGCAGCUGCUUGAUGUGCAGAGGCAGGUUGCUCUGAAGAGUGAGGAAGCCACAGCCACCCAUCAGCAGCUGGAGGAGGCACAGAAGGAGCACACCCACCUGUUGCAGUCAAACCAGCAGCUCCAAGAAAUUAAUGAUGAGCUGCAGGCCCGCAAGCUGAAGCUGGAGUCCCAAGUGGAUCUGCUGCAGGCUCAGAGCCAGCAACUGCAGAAAAACAUCAGCAGCCUGGAGGCUGAAGCUCAAAAGAAGCAGCACCUGUUGAGAGAAGUGACAGUUGAGGAAAAUAAUGCUUCCCCACAUUUUGAGCCAGAUCUCCACAUUGAGGACCUGAGGAAAUCCCUUGGGACAAACCAGACCAAAGAGGUGUCUUCUUCUCUCUCCCAGAGCAAGGAAGACUUAUACUUGGACAGCCUGUCCUCCCACAAUGUCUGGCACCUCCUCUCUGCUGAGGGGGUAGCCCUCCGUAGUGCCAAGGAGUUCCUUGUGCGGCAGACACACUCCAUGCGGAGGCGGCAGACAGCUCUGAAAGCUGCCCAGCAGCACUGGCGCCAUGAGCUGGCCAGUGCACAGGAGGAGGCCAAAGACCCACCAGGCAUCAAGGCCCUGGAAGAUAGGCGCAAGAACCUGGAGAAGGAGACCAGGCACCUGGAUGAGAUGAAGUCGGCCAUGCGGAAAGGCCACAACCUGCUGAAGAAGAAAGAGGAGAAGCUGAAUCAGCUGGAGUCCUCUCUUUGGGAAGAGGCCUCAGAUGAGGGCACUCUGGGAGGAUCCCCCACCAAGAAGGCGGUGACCUUCGACCUUAGUGACAUGGACAGCCUGAGCAGUGAAAGUUCCGAAUCUUGUUCCCUGCCUCGCUUCAACUCAACCCUGAGUCUCACCUCCCGCAAGAUCCAUGGGAUGAGCCACUCCCUCCGGCAGAUCAGCAGCCAGCUGAGCAGCGUCCUCAGCAUCCUGGACAGCCUCAACCCUCCGUCGCCGCCGCCGCUUCUCGCCUCCACGCCAGCCCAGCUCCCUCCCCGGGACCCUAAGAGCACCCCCACCCCCACGUACUAUGGCUCCCUGGCCAGGUUCUCAGCCUUAUCAUCUGCUACACCCACGUCCACCCAAUGGGCCUGGGAUUCAGGGCGGGGGCCCAGGCUCCCCUCCUCUGUGGCUCAAACGGUGGACGACUUCCUGCUGGAGAAGUGGCGCAAGUAUUUUCCAUCUGGCAUCCCGCUGCUCAGCAACAGCCCUGCCCCACUGGAGAGCAGGCUGGGUUACGUGUCUGCCAGUGAGCAGCUCCGGGUCCUACAGCACUCCCAUUCCCAAGUCCCUGAGGCGGGCAGCACCACCUUUCAGGGCAUAAUUGAGGCCAACCGGAGGUGGCUGGAACGUGUCAAGAACGACCCCAGGUUACCUGUCUUCUCUUCAGCACCCAAGCCAAAAGCUACUUUGAGCCUCCUGCAGCUGGGCCUUGAUGAGCACAACAGAGUGAAGGUGUAUCGCUUCUGAGGCCCUGAGCAGGGACUUGGGGCAGCCCAGCCUCUCCUCCACCCAGACCAAGUGCCUGAGGAGCCACCUGCCUUCUUCCAUCUGAGAAAGCACCCUCCUUCCCCCUUUGACUUGCAUGAGCCACCAGGGACCAGGGGGUUGAGUGGAACAGUAAAGCCACACAUUCUGUGACUACAUAACCUAUCUCGGGCUAAAAUGUGUGGACUUGUACGAGCUCUUGUCAUUGACAUGGCAAGCUGGUGGUGUGUGGUGGCUGUGGGGUAUCAGGGCCGGGAGCUCUUUGGGAGGAAGGGAGGUGUUAGAGGAGCUGCCUUCGGAGGCUCAGGGAGUCCCUUUGGAGCUGGUUGUUUCCUUGGCUGCAGCGCACUGCUCGGGGCUCCCAAGGAGGUUGUGCGUAUGGUUCUUAGUUCAUCGGGACAAAGACCCCCAGCAUGUGUGUACCCUGGGACCCGGUUUCUCUGGGCUCACAUCUAUCUACAAUACCUCAGCCUCAGAUCAGACCCUUUCUUUUUUGUCUUUCUUUUCUUAAUUUUUAAAUGCCUCUUUUCUUGAGCAUUCCGUCUCUCUUUUUGACUCUCUCAGGAUUGGGCUCAGCUGUCCAGAGCCCUGCCGGAGGGUGCUGGGGCCUGUCCCUCUGGAGGCACUGUGUUUUCCUCGGGGGCUGUCCUCAGGAGUACCCCUCCUGCUCCCUGGGGCUCCUCAGGGAGCCAUUUCAGCUGGAGUCUCAGGUCUCAAACACAGCUUCUCUGGGAGGCCAAAAAAAGACUGGGAUGGCUUCUGGUCCUCAUGAUGGUUUUUAUCCUCCUGGGAGACGUUGGGUAUAUUCAUGGGCAUUGUUUCCAUCUGUCUUUUCUACCUGUGCCACCCCUGCCCUGAUUCCGCGGCUGCCUCAGGCAGGCAGGCAAGGGGCUAGGCCGGUGCCCGGCCCUGGCAGCAAGGGAUCUUGUGCAGUUGGAGAUGCUGCCGUUGUGGCAGAGCAUCGUGCAGCCCUGCUUCCAUCAGCGGGCUCUGGGGUGGGGGCUUUGCAGGGGAUGCUCUCUGAUGUUUGUUCCGUUGUUUAAAUAAAAUGCACUUAUUUUUGUUUUUUU